CACAUUGUUCUGCGGCUCCCGGCGGCUUCUCCGCUGCUGCUGCUGCUGCCGACACCGGUCACAGCAACCGACUGACCGACGGUCCGACAGACAGGCAGACAGAGGGGGAGACAGGCUGGCUGGCAGGCAGGCAGACAGACAGACAGACAGACAGACAGACAGACAGACAGGCGGACUGACAGGCAGACAGACAGACUGUCAAACGUACAGGUUCUCGGGUUAUUAGUAACGGUUUGAAACGGAACUCUGCCUCUUUGUGUCAGGGUGACGGAGGGGCGGUGACGAAUGCAUCUACUGGUUCACACAUGACCGGAGACAAAGACACACACAUACAGGCAGACAGACAGGCAGACAGACAGGCCGACAGACAGACAGAUGCUAUGACCGGAGGCACGCACCGCUGGACCGGCAGGCUCGAGCCCAGGUAGCCCAGUGCUUAGGUGAGGUGGUGUGUGACUGGUGGUGGCCAUGGCACCCAGGCCGUCGUCAGGGGAACUGUGGGGGCUCCACCUGAUGCCUCCCCGGAUCCUGGUGGACUGCUGCCUACCCAAUGGGAUGAUGGUGAGUCUUGAGUGUCUCAGAGAAACUCCGCUCAUCAGCAUCAAGCAGCAGCUCUUCACUGAGGCCAGGAAGUACCCGCUGUACCACCUGCUGCAGGAGGAGUCCUGUUACAUCUUCGUGGGCGUGACCCAGGAGGCCGAGAGGGAGGAGUUCUAUGACGAAACGAGGCGGCUCUGCGACCUCCGACUGUUUCACCCGAUCCUGAAGGUCAUCGAGCCGCUGGGCAACAGGGAGGAGAAGAUCCUGAACCGAGAGAUAGGGUUUGCCAUCGGGAUGCCCGUGUGCGAGUUCGAGAUGAUGAAGGACCCAGAAAUCCAGGACUUCCGGCGCUCCAUACUGAGCGUGUGCAGAGAGGCCAUGGAGGAGCGGGAAGGGGGCGGGGCCCACAGCCAGGCACUCUAUGUUUACCCCCCCAACUUGGAGUCCAGCCCCCAACUGCCACAGCACAUCUACAGCAAGCUGGACAAAGGGAGGCUGAUUGUGACCAUCUGGGUGAUUGUGUCUCCCUCCAACUCCAAACAGAAAUACACCCUGAAGGUGAGUCAUGACAGUUUACCUGAGCAGCUGAUCGCAGAGUCCAUCAGAAAGAAGAGCAGAUCCAUGCACCUUUCACCUCAACAGCUUCGCCUGUGUGUCCAAGAGUACCAGGGCCAGUACAUCCUGAAGGUGUGCGGCUGUGAUGAGUACCUGUUGGAGAAGUAUCCCCUCAGUCAGUACAAGUAUAUCCGCUCCUGCAUCAUCGUGGGCCGUCUCCCUCACCUGAUGCUCGUCUCCAAAGACAGCCUCUACUCUCAGUUACCUGCCUCCGGCUUCGUCACGCCUUCGUACAGUCGUCGGACUCCGCAGCCGUCCCCCUGUCCGGGAGGAGGUGACGGUUCCCCCCCUCGCUCUCUGUGGGCCUUCAACACCCUGCUGAGGGUCCGGCUGCUCUGUGCCACCUACGUCAACGUCAACAUCCGAGACAUCGACAAGAUCUAUGUGAGGACAGGUAUCUAUCACGGCGGAGAGCCGCUAUGUGACAACGUCAACACACAGAGAGUUCCCUGCUCCAACCCCAGGUGGAACGAGUGGCUGACCUACGACAUCUACCUGGCUGACCUCCCUCGCUCGGCCCGGAUCUGCUUGUCUAUCUGCUCUGUGAAGGGAAGGAAAGGAGCCAAGGAGGAACAUUGUCCUCUGGCCUGGGGGAACGUGAACCUGUUUGACUAUAAGGACAUCCUGGUUUCGGGUAAAGUGGCGCUCAGCCUCUGGCCCGUCCCUCACGGCCUCGAGGACCUCCUUAAUCCCAUCGGAGUCGCCGGUUCAAAUCCCAACAAGGAGACUCCCUGUGUGGAGCUGGAGUUCUCCUGGUUCAAUCAGACGGUCGUGUUUCCCGAUGAGCAGCAGAUCGAAGAGCACGCCAACUGGACCAUCAGCCGAGAGCUGGGCUACAACUACUGCCCCGGACUGACCAGUCGUCUGGCCUGCGACGUCAGCGUCUCAGCGGCUGAUGCGGAGCAGCUCCGUUGUCUCUGCUCCAAAGAUCCUCUGUACGAACUGUCGGAGCAGGAGAAGGACUUCCUCUGGAGACACAGACAUUACUGUGUGAACAUCCCAGAGUCUCUUCCCAAGCUGCUCAUGUCCGUCAAAUGGAAUUCAAGAGACGAAGCGUCCCAGAUGUACUGUCUGUUGAAGGAGUGGCCUCUGAUGGAGCCGGAGUCGGCUCUGGAGUUGUUGGACUGUAACUUCCCCGAUCCCAUGGUCAGAGAGUUUGCUCUGCGCUGCCUGGUCAAAGGUCUGACGGACGACAAGCUGUCGCAGUACCUGCUGCAGCUCGUACAGGUGUUGAAGUACGAGAUGUACCUGGACAACCCUCUGGCUCGUUUCCUGAUCAAGAAAGCUCUGACCAAUCAGAGGAUAGGACACUUUUUCUUCUGGCAUUUGAAGUCAGAGAUGCACAAUAAGACGGUGUCCCGGCGCUUCGGUCUGCUGCUGGAAGCUUUCUGCAGAGCCUGUGGCAUGUACCUGAAACACCUGAACAGACAGGUGGAAGCCAUGGACAAGCUGGUGAACCUGACCGACACAUUGAAACAGGAGAAGAAGGACGAGACGCAGAAAACUCAGAUGAAGUUCCUGGUUGAGCACAUGUCUCGUCCCGACUACAUGGAGGCUCUGCAGGGAUUCGUGUCUCCUCUGAACCCGGUUCACCAGCUGGGAAACCUCCGUCUGGAGGAGUGCCGCAUCAUGUCCUCAGCGAAGCGCCCCCUGUGGUUGAACUGGGAGAACCCCGACAUCAUGUCCGAGCUGCUCUUCACCAACAACGAAAUCAUCUUCAAGAACGGCGACGACCUGCGCCAGGACAUGUUGACUCUGCAGAUCAUUAAGAUCAUGGAGAACAUCUGGCAGAACCAGGGCCUGGACCUGCGCAUGCUGCCGUACGGCUGCCUGUCCAUUGGAGACUGUGUGGGUCUCAUCGAGGUGGUGAAGAACAGUUUCACCAUCAUGCAGAUCCAGUGUAAAGGAGGCCUGAAGGGGGCGCUGCAGUUCAACUCCAACACCCUGCACCACUGGAUCAAGGACAAGAACCGCGGAGAGGCGUAUGACCGGGCCAUCGACCUCUUCACCCGGUCGUGUGCCGGUUACUGCGUCGCCACAUUCAUCCUGGGAAUCGGAGACAGACACAACUCAAACAUCAUGGUGAAGGAGAACGGACAGCUGUUCCACAUCGACUUCGGUCACUUCCUUGAUCACAAGAAGAAGAAGUUUGGGUACAAGAGGGAGCGCGUUCCCUUCGUCCUGACGCAGGACUUCCUCAUCGUCAUCAGUAAAGGGGUCCAGGAGUCGACCAAGACGAAGGAGUUCGAGAGGUUCCAGGAGAUGUGUUACAAAGCUUACCUCGCCAUCCGUCAGCACGCCAGCCUCUUCAUCAACCUCUUCUCCCUGCUGCUGGGCUGCGGCAUGCCGGAACUGCAGAGCUUCGACGACAUCGCCUACCUGAGGAAGACCCUGGCCCUGGAGAAGAGCCAGCAGGAGGCCUUGGAGUAUUUCACCAAACAGAUGAAUGACGCUCAUCACGGAGGCUGGAGCACGAAGAUGGACUGGAUCUUCCACACCAUACGACACAUGCCCAACGAACAUUGACCUAUAAAAAGUAUAUGUAGCACACGUUUAUACAUAACACACAUUUAUAUAUGGCACACGUGUAUAUAUAUAUACACAUAACACACACAUACACGCACAGACACCAUGUGUGUACUCCACCGUCUUUAACGACGAUAAAGUUUCCGAUUUUUGUAGGUUUUAGCAUCACGCUGACGUGUUGGUUGGAUGGUUGUCAUAGCAACAUGAAUCUCAGGGUCACAGGUCAGAGGGUGGUUGACGACGCCAAAGGCAUUCUGGGAAAAGAGGACGAUUAAGGCGUUGAUGUUUUUACAUGUCUUCCAGUUGGAGCCACAGUUAGUCUGUUAGCUGUUAGCUGCUCUGAAUGCGGCGUUUUAAAAGGAAAAAGACUUUUAUCGCUGUGGCGUACAUUUGAAUCAAUCUUUAUUGAGAAUCAACUGCAACUUUAUCAACUGAUAUUUGUUGGGGGAAUUCAAAUGAAACCAGCUUUAUUGAAACCAGCAAAGUGAACACUGUGGUCACUGUGAGAGCAAUAAAACCCCAAUAACUAAUCAAUACUUUGAUUACGACAAUCAGGAGUUGUGACCAAUAGGAAAGCAGUGCUGUGCAGCUGUGGGUGGAGACAAUAUGCUGAGAUCAGACCAAACGAACCAAUGGUUUUUCUGUGGGAAUCAAAAAGUAGAAUAAAGUGAAUCAUCAGAAAAUAUCUGAAGUUUGAACCAACAGGAUAUUACGACUGUUUACAGAGAGCAUCUUGACUUUGCUGAUUUUAAUAUAUUAACUUUUCUCUCUCAAAACAUUAUCAAAUAUUUUGACAUGUCCUCAUAGAACAAUUGUAUCUCUUUAUUUCCGAGAUACUAAAAACUCUUUUCUUAAAAAUGGACUUUUUCAUGAAUAAAUAUUACGACCUUGUCCGUUGGCGAGAGAAAAUGUGAAGACAAUUUACAGUUUUUUACAACUUCACUACAACUGUGUCCAUCCACAGCUGGUGACUCACUGUCUGACGUCUCGAAGACGUUGUGAUUAUUGAUUACCGAUUGGCUAACGGUCGGACACCCUGCACUGAUCUGAACUAGCUUCUACUGAAUCGACAUAUCAUGGAGUUUUAUCAGGGAUCAGAGUCGUCAGACGACAAUCACAACCUAUCAGCUGCUCUUUAGCCGUGAGCCUGAUCAGGUGUUUGUUGGCCUCUAGUUUCUGAUGAAUAGUGCUAGGCUAGUUAGCAUUGUUAGUCUCCCUCCUGAGCUGGUGCCCUCUAACUCACAGUUACUCAUGAGUAAGCUCAGCUAUUGCACUGGAAAAAUGUAAGUAGCUUGUAGUUAGCGUAGCGUAGCAUCAAGUGACGCUCUGAUGGGUCAAAGGGCAACGAUGCCCAUCUUUUACUGUGAAGGUUUGUUUCCGCUCAGGUCAGAGGUCAGCCUGAGACUGGCCACUGGCCUAGACGCGACAGGUGUAUAGGUAUAGGUUGUUACUUAUAGGUGACCGUGACGACCUAUAAGGCGGCCCGAGCCUGUACCCUGCUGCUUGCUGGUCAAUUUAUUGAUUUAUGACAUCGUCGACUGUGCCGGUUAUCGUAGUGACUGAAGGUGAGCAGACAGGAUGUAUUUGUUUCCAUGUGAUCGAUAUUACGGAUUAUUUUGUAGACUGAUGUAUUGAUGAUUGAUUUAUGUAUUUAACAGGCAUGACGGCUGAUGUGAUCAGUUUCUAAAUGUCGAGUAUUGAUUUGUGAUAAUUAUUGAUCGUGGUUGAGAUUUUAUUAAACCCUUUUUUUUCAUAAAAUAUUAAA